GUAUUAUUAGCGUCAUUUUCUUCUUUUUGUUGAUGAGAGACAUCUUCAUUAACGAUUCCUGACCUCAUGCUGCUGAGGCUCUUGCUGUUGAUCUGUGCUCCACUCUCUGAACCUGCAGGAGUGCCUGUCUCUGAUGUGAGCUUGGAGACUCAGCCCCCAGGGGGCUGGGUGACAGAGGGAGACAAGCUGGUCCUCAUCUGCUUGGUUGCUAAUGGCACCGGAAAUAUCACCUUCUUCUGGUACAGAGGGGCUCUGGGUGUAAACCUGGAAACAAAGACCCAACAUUCACGGACAGCGCGGUAUGAGAUCCUCACUGUGAGGGAAAGUGAUGCUGAGCUGUAUUUCUGUACAGCAGACAAUGGCCAUGGCCCCAGUUUUAGUGGGCUGGUGCCCAUCACAGUCAGAAUCCCAGUAUCCCGCCCUGUCCUUAUCCUCAGCAUCCCUGAUGGCCAGGCCAUGGUGGGGCAUAUGGUGGAGCUUCAUUGUGAGACCCUGAGAGGCUCUCCUCCAAUCUGGUACCGUUAUUAUCAUGAAGACGUUGUUGUGUGGAGCAGCUUGGUCCAGUCUGGGGGAGGAGCAUCCUUCAACUUCUCUCUGAGUGCAGGACAUUCUGGAAACUACUCCUGUGAAGCUGACAAUGGCCCUGGUGCCCAGCGCAGUGAGGUGGUGACUCUCUACGUCACAGUGCCUGUGGAGGGCAGAAUGGAUCACUUCCCUUCAGGAGUCAUUGAGGGGACACUCGGCAGCCUCGGGCCCAUCACUGGGGCCCUAUUACUUUGCUACUGGCUCAAGAGAAAAAUAGGAAGACGCUCAGAGGAUCCAGUCAGGAGUCCUUCCAGCCCAGUAUCCCAAGAACCCAGCCACCUCAACUCACAUGCUACAGGACAGCUAGAGCCUCUAUAUGAAAAUGUGAAUAUUGUGAGUGGGGAUGAGGUCUAUUCAUUGGUGUACCAAAUCCAGCAGGAACAGGAACCAGCAACAGGUGAGCAUCCCAGGACAUAUGUGGACAUCUAUUCUAGGCCGAGGAAGGCCAAUGUAGUGGAUGUGGACUAUGAUGACACUAUGUGAUGUUCUGGAAGAUUCUCCUCUUUGAAAACCAUCCCUGAUUUUGAACAUCAGACCCAAGAUCACCUUCCAAGAUCCCAGGGAGUCAGCUUUCUGGAACACCUCUCCUAUGAGGUGCUUUUCUCCAUGAGAUGAUUCCUUCAUUUAUUGUGAAGUUGGCGCAAGCCCUGAAGAAAUAACUGCCCAUGAGAACCAACUUAGAUGCAGGAGUGACUCACACCCACUCCCUGUUAAUUUCUGCCCCUCAACUACUGAAUAAUGCAUGUUUUGGCCAUUUCUCCAUAGUACUGGAUGCAAAAGUUCUGGUCCAACUUUUUCUUUGUUUGGCUUUUGUUUUGUGCUAGUAUUGGGACUUAACCUUAGGGCCUUGUAUUCUCUCACUUGGCUUUUUUAAUCAAGGCUGGCGUUCUACCCCUUGAGCCACACUUUCAUUUCCUUAAUUCACUUUGUAUUUAUAGUGACUUUUAAAAUAUAGACUAAUUUUUAUGCAGAUAAAGUCAUGUUUUUCCCAUCUCGACUUCUGAUUUGUCUUUCAGUUAUCUUCCAUCUGACCAUAGUUCCAUUAUAUAAAACUAUUCUUUA